UCUCUCACAAAAUUUAUACUUAGACACGGAAUAGUCAGCUUUAGAUGAUUUAAACAACUUAUUAUCAAAACACAUACCACUGGUUUCGGAGCAUUGCGAAACGUAGUUGUGUGCGCGUUUAAGUGUCACCAGUGUCUUCUAAUGUUAAACCCAAUCUUAAACUUCAACCCAAACUUAGAUCCAGCCGUAAAUAUUUUGUGCCUUUUUCCACAUGCUUCGUAAGGAUGAGAAUUUUAGUAAUAAAGAUAACGCGCUAUAUAUAAUUUAACGUGGAAAAUGUCGUUUGGAAAAUGUUUCUCUUGCGCAAGUAAAUUAUUCUUGUUGGAACGUAUAAAACAGAGAAAAGAAGCAACCAGCGCGAAUUAUUUUUAAGUCGCGGGCAUCAUUUUUGAGUCGAACAGAAAUAAUCGAUGAGACUGCUCGGCACGCGUGCAACGAGCUCGCUCGCACGUGCCACUCGUCCACUCCCUUCAACAGUAGGGCACGCGCAGGGACACGUCGCAAGGGCUCACCAAAAGCAAAGAAAGAGGGAGGGAGGGAGAGAGAGAGAGAGAGAGAGAAAGAGGGAGACUUGCAUCUGCCGCUUUUUCAGACCUUAACACGACGGUUGAAGGGAACGACGAGUCGAAGGGAACCGGUGCUGGAUCAGCACCCUCGCACAUAGACCCCCACCUCUUCGGCAACAAUCGUGAAAGUGAGGGGGUUGGUAGUACGCGGCCGUCGACGUUGGUCAACGGUCGUUUUCAUUAACAGUUGUCCGCGCGCAAGUAGUGUACUGUAUAACGGGUAUAAACGAAAGGAUGUAGAGUUUUUCGACAUAGAAAGAGGAGACAGAAAGAGGCGCACCUUACAAGAAAGAGCUUAGUGAAGGUAAAGAAGUUGCACGGUAAAGGGAUCAUUAGUGGGUUCUCACGCGCGAGAAAUAUCUUGUGACGCUGGCACCUGAUAACGAAGCUGAUACAACGGAUAAAAGGUUAAGGGACAAACUCGUUUCUGUAGGAAGACAAAGUCGCGUGGAUAAGAAUUAAAUCAAGGCAUAAUGAAGAGAUACUCAUCGGCACCUUGUCUGGAAGACGUAGGUAAUGACAUUAAAAGAACAAGAGAAGAUGAGCAACGCGCAGGUCCAGAUACAAGAGAAUAUCUCCAAUUGGCAUUAGCCAGAAUCCUAGAAUUACAACGAGAAAUCGAGGAAGGCACAUACGUCACAGAAAUCGAUAAUGGCAGUAACGAUCUGGACGUAUCGGGCAGUGAAGAAGAUUUAACGAAAGAGAUCCUUGCCAAAGUGUUUCAAGAUCUGCCAGGGACAUCUGAUUCGAUCGCUAAGAUAAUAGACAGAGAAACACUCUGGAAAAGUCGUCGUAUGGACGCGAUCCGCAAUAAAAGGAUACAAUUACUAGGUUUCGAUGCUUGUCGGAGAAUUACUCUCGAGUUCAUGAAGACGGUGGUGCGAGAAACACGGGGCAGAUUCUCUUCAUUAGAAAUUGGUCGCUACGAUUUGUCUGUACCGCGAGACGAAUCGUUUUAUUCGAGAAAUGGGAUUCUAGCGAACGAUUUGCGAGAACCUAGCGCGACUGAUGCGCAAGAAAUUCGGAUAAGAAUGUUGAAAAGUCUGGAUUUGCACUUAGCCGCUAAACAAAGAGACUACACGGCUAAAUUAAUGAGAUCGGCUAUAUAACUCUAUGUUUUUGACACUCUAAAGCGAAUGAAUCGAAAAAACAAAAUAUCUGAAUUAUAUUUCCGCCGGGUAUUAAUGCAAUGAAAAUUCAUUGCACAGUAUAUUUUAC